ACUAAAUACAUCAAUUGCAUCGUACAGUUUCAGAUAAAUAGAAUUAAAAUAAACAACAUUUUAGUAUGUUGUCAUAUCAACAAAUUGCUUCCAGAAAAUCAAAAAUGUUGGAAUAGUGUGAUGCGAAACGUAGAAUGCAAACCAAAAGACGAGUGCCAUGUGUUUACUUGGAAAACGUCAGAUUGGACAGAUUGUAUACCACAAAAGGGCACAUGUGGAAAGGGAAUACGACUCAGAAAUGUGACUUGUUAUGAUUUAACGAAUGCAAAAGAAGUACCUGACCAUAGGUGUUACAAACAUCAUGGCGAGACUCUAGAGGAAAACUGCAAAGUUCGAUGUCCCGUAAAUUGUCUGACUUCGGAAUUCAGUGAAUGGAUUCCAUGUCCAUCUGGUUGUGUAUACGAUGGAAAAUCAAUUCCUUUUCAACAUAGAGAAAGGCAUACCAUUCGAAGUGCCCAAUGGGGAGGUAAAGGUUGUCCUGACGGAGAUCUCGUGAGAUUAUGCAAUAUGCCACCUUGUGAUGACUAUAGAUGGGUUGAUGAAAGUUGGUCAAAAUGUAUAUUGUACAGCAGGAAAAACAGAUGUGGAGUGGGCAUUCAAAUAAGAAAUGUAACAUGUCAAACAAAAUCUGGAAAAAUUGUUCCAGAGUAUCAUUGUUUGCAAUUCAACCAUAUUGCUCCUGUUACUCACAGAGAAUGCCAUGUCAAGUGUGGUCAGGUCUGUCCUUUGUCAGAAUGGUCACAGUUUAGUCAUUGUAUCGAGAAGUGUGGAGGAUAUAAAACACGAACGAGGACAGCUGUCGCUGGUAUAAAGAUGAACAGGGUUUGUGAAUGGCAUUCACUGUCAGAAAAGUUACCAUGUGUAUGUACCGAUUACACUGCUAUUGGUCUGGGAAACUGGUCCAGCUGCAUCUUAGAAGGAAAUCACACCAAUGGAAUCUCUCACACAUGUGGGGCUGGUAUCAAAAUACAGAGCAUAGUGUGUGUGGACGAUAUGGGACGAAAAUACUCUUGGUCACAUUGUAGCAAAAUAGAAUAUUUCAAAGAGGCGUGUUAUGUAGAAUGUCCAACAAAAUGUAGCUUCUCUCACUGGUCAAGUUGGUCUGACUGUGACGUAGAGAAUUGCGGCACCUCCCAACAAAAAAGGACAAGAACGAUCAUUGCUCUAUAUGGAGAUGAUGGGAAAACAUGCCCUCCAGUGGAACCAGAUAGGUUGGAGGAAACGAGACCAUGUGAAUUGGGAUGUAUAAAUUACAUAUGGGAGGUUACUGGUACAACGCCAUGUGACACUGGAGAUGUACCUUGCGGAGAGGGAAAACAAAUCAGCUCAUUUAGAUGCAUAAAUAUGGAAACUAGACUCGAAGUUAAUACCAGUUUAUGUGAUCCCAAGCACAGGCCCUUGAGAACAGUGGUGUGUUUCGUAGCGUGUGAAAAGGAUUGUGUUCUUUCGUUAUGGUCUGACUGGUCUAAUUGCAAGCAAUGCACCAGAUCAGGUAGCACCCAUAGACAAAGAAGGAGAAGGGAAUUGCUGCGAAAACCUGAAACAUUGGGUUAUAAGUGUCCUAGAAUGAUUGAACAGAGAGAUUGCAUACUCAACAGUAAUUGCUUCACAUUCAGCUGGAGAAUGGGCUCGUGGAGCUCUUGCAUAUUAAAGAAAAGACAACUUUGUG